AUGAUUCAAAAAUUUCUACAAAAAUUAAUUUCACCACAUUUAAUGCUUGUUAUUGGAUGCAUUGUAUAUAUGCUUAUUGGUGCCCUUAUAUUUCAAGCACUUGAAGAGCAAAAUCUCAAGAAACUCAAAGCAGAACAAUUGGAUAAAAUUGAUUCGAGUGCGGAAAAAUAUUCGAAUCGAUUAUGGGAAUUAGUUACAAUUGAAGAAUACAAAAAGAAUAAUAUGAAAGUUUUAAAGGAAAUGAUUCGUGAAGAAAGCAAGCAACAUUUCGAUCAAUAUGUCGACACAGUUUUCACUGCACAUCGAACGUUUCGCCAUGGCUAUGAAACUGAUGCACCAUCUUGGGACUUUAUAACAUCAUUCUUUUUUACCGCAACAAUGCUAACUUCUAUUGGUUAUGGAUUUGUUGUACCAUUUACUUUUUCUGGCCGUCUUUUUGUUGUUAUCUAUUGUUUAAUAGGAAUACCUUUAACUCUUGUAACCGUUGCUAAUGUUGCAAAAUUUAUAUCAGAAUCAAUUUUUUUCAUUCAUUAUAAAUUGUGGCUUUUAUGGAUGCGAUUUAAGAAUAAAUCGAAUAAUUCAGACGACGAUAGCAGAUUAGAAUUUCGAGAGAGCGAAGAUGAACAAGAUAUUUUGGAUCGAGUAAAACUGGUUCGAUUUCCUCCAAUCGUUGUUUUUUUAUUCGUAUUUUUUUAUGGACUAUUUGGUUCAUAUAUAAUUCAAAUUAAGGAAAGUUGGUCAUAUACAGAAUCGAUGUAUUUCACUUUUAUUAGUAUUUUAACCGUCGGAUUCGGCGACUAUCGUCCUGGUCCAAAAAAUUUACUUAUAGUUUUAGUAGUAAUAAUUGGAGGAAUAAUUUUAACGACAAUGUGUAUGGAUGUCGUUGGUCGUAUGUAUUUAAAAGAAAUUCACUAUUUGGGUCGAAAAUUAAAAACAAACAAUCCAUUUUAUUUACUUCGAGAAGCUAAAGCUCGGCGAAGGCGUCAAGCGAUGGCAAGUGUAUUAGCAAAAUUGGCAAGAGGCAUGAUAUUUGCACAUCGUAAUUUUAAUGAACUUACUGUUCAGAAAAAGAAGCACAAAUUAUAUGGAUCACAUUUGUUACCCGAUGGUAAAUUUAUGUUUGCUCGAUUACCACCUGAUCCACCUAGCGAUUGCCAAGUCGUAUCAACCUCAGCUUAUUCUGUUAGACUCGCUUGGGCACCAUCAUUUUCAACUGAUGAUCAAGUCACCUAUAAUAUUCGUUAUAGAUUGAAGCAUAAAGAAGGAAGCAAAUUUCGUGAAUUAAAAGGAAUACAAGGAAAUAAUGCCGAAAUUAUGAGCAUAGAUUCAUGUUCUUUAUACGAAUUUCGUAUAACAGCAGUAUCACGAUACGGCGAAAGUAAACCUGUUUAUCUCGUUCAAUAUACAGAACCACAGUUAAGUCCUCAGCAUAUUUUGGCGACACGAAUUAAUGCUAACACCAUUGAAUUAACAUGGGAACCACCGUAUAAAAGAACCAAUGACGUCAAGUGCUAUAUUGUUUAUCAUACAGACAAUCCUAAUGCAAGACUAUCUGAUUGGGAAAAACUGACGGUUCAAGGAAGACGAGUCGUAUUUCCGGAUUUACGUUAUGAUUGGUUUUAUAUGUUUUGCGCAACAGCUUGUUUUAAAGACGGCCAGCGAUCUCCGCUGUCACGAGCAUUAUUUGUUAAAACCGAUAAACUUGAAUUUAAUAGAAAGUAUGUUGGCCAAUCGAGAACGAUUGAAAUAAUGGAUUCAAUUUGUGAUAAGGAAGAAGCAAAUGAAACAGCGCCUUUGUUAAAACGAGAUUAUAUUUCAUUUAACGUUCGAUUUCAAUCGUAUGGCGGUUAG